CUUCUGUAGAAAUGUGUGUGUGUCUCUGUGUGUGCAAUAUUAGAGAAGGUUUAAAAGUUGUUACCAAAGUAGAAAGUACGCGCGUUCAAUUCAUCGGUGGCGCCGUUUUGUGUGUGAGUGUGUAUGCCUUGCAGAUUCUCAACUGUUUUCGCCCAUUCUCAGGCAUUUUCUAAGCCGAGAUUGAUGUAAAUGGCUUUGGAAACGCUUUGGAACCGAAAGGAAUUCUCGCGGAGUAAAAUCUGUAAAAGAUCUGCAAAUUUACUCUCAUGUAGAUUGGACGGAUUGUUAAUGAAAGUCUUUUUUUCUGUUGAUGGAAGUGACAGCGGCGCUAACAACAAACAUAAAAUCUGAGAGAUAGAGGAAACAUAUCAAUGGAAAGAGGAAAAUUAAUAAACCAUAUCAUGAGUGGAACUUUGUAAAUGGACUAAAGGGAUGGUUUUACUCUGACGCGGAUUGAAUUCACUACAAAAUUCAAAUCACACUAGAGAGGGUCGUGGAUAUUCGCCUCUAGACUACAGAGGGCUCUCUCCAAACACUCUGUCAGGAUGAGCUCUGCUUUGGGACAUCAAUAUGAUCUGACCCAUUGUAAUAUUAAUCUUGUGUGGCACUUCUGUUUAUCGUCACUUCAACUCUCUCGGUUGUGGAUAUAGCAGCACUUACGAUAGUUCUUUAAAUACAUCGAGAGUCAAUUCCUCAUCUUUGAAGUAGGAGAAAAAACUUGAAUUUUGUGAAAAUCGGAUUCAAAGGGAUAUUUGUUAGCUAUCUGUGAUUGAUGCGUUCCAAACUCUGGAACUUUAAGCGAAGUAAAAUUCUAAAAACAAAUAUAAAAAGACUCAACCAUGGAGAACGAUCCAAACACAUUUUCUAUUCGGUUAGUGAAGAGACCGCCGCAUGGCCUCGGAUUCUUGGUGAGGAAGAGAAAGUGCAAUCCGCCUGUUCUGAUUUCGGAUUUGAUAUCCGGAGGAGUGGCUGAGAAUUCGGGGCUCGUACGGAUAGGGGAUAUACUUCUUGCGGUUAACGGCGUUCAACUUACAGAUGUGCCUUAUAAUACUGCACUUGAGGUACUUCGAAGCGUUCCUAUGGACACGCCUUGUGUGAUCGUUUUGAAAGGUCCUGAAGGUUACCGCACUCGACUGGAAACCGUCAUGUCACCGGAUGGUGCCGUUAAUAUUGUACGGAUAACCGAACCGGAACAGACAGAUGAAACACCAAACAAGACGUCACCGGGUAUCGGACCCAAAAAGCAGCGGCGAUCUAGUCGAGACAGUUCAAGGAGUCCCACACGUGCCCCUUCUUCGACAUGGCCUCGCAAUGCACAUUUACCAAAUUAUGAAAACACCAUCUACAACCAAGCUCAACUCCAUAACGGCAUCAUCGUACAUGGGAGCCAUCAACCACCUCGACCACGGACUCAUACACCGGACAAUAGUCCUUAUCGCUAUGGGAGUCCUGCGCGUAGAUCGCGACGUGAUCGAGAUAGUAGUAGAUCUCCUGCUCGAGGUAGUCUACCGACAAGCCCCGUUCGGAAUUUCAGCUAUCGUGAACCAUCCCCUUGCUACUGCAACCGCCAUGGUAUCCCUGAAUAUCAAAACGUGUUUGCAUGGAACGGCACCUACCCUCGUGAUGUCUACCAGCUGAAGAUCAUGCAACAACAACAGCAACAGCCACAUGAAGAAUUUUACUACGACAGUCCCCGCACAUCUGUAGACUACGACUUAGACGGAGAACGUGCGCGUAAUCAGGGAAUGUCCCUGAUUGAGGAAUCACACGAAUAUCAAUCCGAAAGUAAAGGCAUCCAAUGUCCCGAGAGGAUCAUCACGGUCAGGAGUCCGGGUUUUUCAUCCCCAGAAAAAGAAACGAGAGAGAUUUACGUCAACUUUGCAAACGGAUCACGUGACCAUAACGAGGUCAAAAGCGAGUUCCAUUCAGAAUCAGAGCCUGCGGGGGUGCAGCGAAGCAAGACAGAAGUACACGACCGACAGGAGUUUAGUCAACAAACACCGCCCGAAGAAGGAACACCACUAAACGCGAACUUGCUCAAAGAACCACUCGUGAACGGCAUUGGUCCGAGUAACAAUAGCAUCAACGGUACCAUUACCCCUGAUAGCAAGAACUUGAGGGUUAACGGGACUUUAGUUAACGGGAUAGCAGACGGUAUGGGAGCGGGGUGUUCGGCGAAUGGGGUUGUAUCUGUGCCUGAGGGGGUUAAACAGGCCGGGAGCUAUUCUAUCAACAAGAACGCUUCUACCCCAAUUAAGCAGAACAGAACAAAUCAUAUCAAUAUCAACGGCAAAUCGAACGGCGUUCUCAUAGAACCAACUCCAGUUCAUAAUGUCUCCACCAGUGAAAUAUCAAUCCAAACAGAUCCAAUACCAUCUCCUCAGGAGAAUAAUUCUUCCAAUAAGAACACAGAAUCAAAGCAGAAUGGAGGAAGUCCACCACCAAGCAACGGUCCUACAAUAGCAGGUCCUGUCUGUCCUUUCACCAAGAAACAGGCCAAAUACGUCAGACUUCAUAAUGUCGCAGAUGGAAAGCAGUUUACAGAUACCUUGCAUCAAAAGGCAUUCAUUGAUCUUCAUUGCUCGGAAAAGAAAUGCAUGGGUUCAAUCAUGUUUCCUCCUCGAGAAAAAAGAAGGAGCAAGGAUGAGCUUACUGUACAUGCCACUGACUUCAUCAAUCAAUACUUUACUCAUAUCAAGAGGGCAGAUACAGCGGCUCACAAGAAGCGUUUGGCGGCUGUAUUGGAUUCCAUUGAGAAGACUGGUACGUACCAGCUAACUGAGACUGAGCUUAUCCUUGGAGCUAAAACCGCGUGGAGGAAUGCUCCGAGAUGUAUUGGAAGAAUACAGUGGACUAAACUACAGGUAUUUGAUGCCCGCAAUGCUAGCACGCCCCAGGAAAUGUUCCAGGCUAUCUGUAAUCAUAUGAGCUAUGCCACAAACAAAGGCAAUCUCAGAUCUGCAAUCACAAUCUUCCCUCAGCGAGGGGAGAAGGAUAAAGAUUUCCGAGUUUGGAACAGACAGCUACUUGGUUACGCUGGUUACAAGCAACCUGACGGUACGAUCAUCGGGGAUCCAGCUGGUGUGGAAUUCACUGAGGUUUGUCAGAAGCUUGGAUGGAAGGGAAGCGGUGGUCGUUUUGAUGUUCUUCCUCUUGUUCUCCAAGCCAAUGGCGAAGAUCCUGAGAUGUAUGACAUCCCACCUAGUCUCAUCCUUGAAGUCCCCCUUGAACAUCCAAAGUUUCCAUGGUUCAAAGACCUUGGCUUGAAAUGGUAUGCUUUGCCUGCCGUGUCUAGUCUGAUGCUUGACCUUGGUGGCUUAGAGUUUACAGCAUGUCCGUUUAAUGGUUGGUAUAUGGUAACAGAAAUCGGAGCCAGAGAUAUAUGCGAUACCAACAGGCUCAAUCUUAUUGAGAACAUCGGCGUUCAGAUGGGUCUUGAUAUUAGUACCAAUGCAACACUGUGGAAAGACCAAGCUCUUGUAGAAGCCAACGUUGCCGUCUUAUAUAGUUAUCAGAAACUGAACGUGACGAUCACGGACCAUCACUCAGCGUCGGAAUCGUUUAUGAAGCACAUGGAAAAUGAGCAGAGACUUCGAGGAGGAUGCCCAGCCGAUUGGGUAUGGAUUGUACCUCCAAUCUCAGGGAGUAUAACACCAGUGUUUCAUCAAGAGAUGCUUAACUACCAGCUUAAACCAUCAUAUGAGUAUCAGGAUGAUCCAUGGCAUUCACACGUAUGGAAGAACAACGCCGCAGGAACUGAGAAUAAACCAAGAAGAAGAAAGCUUCUCACUUUCAAGGAGGUUGCAAAGGCUGUGAAGUUCUCUACGAAGAUGAUGGGUAAGGCCUUGGCUAAGCGAAUCAAAGCUACAAUAUUGUAUGCCACAGAGACUGGCAAGUCUGAGAAAUACGCCAAGACACUGUGUGAGAUAUUCAAACAUGCCUUUGACGCAAAGGUUAUGAACAUGGAAGAAUACGACGUCGCUAACAUCGAACACGAGUCCCUUCUUCUCGUCGUCACGAGUACAUUCGGUAACGGAGAUCCACCUGAGAACGGGGAGGAAUUUGGCAACUAUCUUCUAGAACUUUCCCGAGACGGUGAAGGAGAUGGUCCAAGCAGAGAAUCAGUAAGUGGAGAGGAUAAGGAUCCCCGUAAUAGAAGCCUUCGGUCUAUUCGAUUCGACAAUAAACCAAACAAGCCAGUACAUCGAGCCAGCUCCAUGGCUAAACUUGACGAGAGCUCAGGAAUACUUGCUAACGUUAGAUUCUCAGUAUUUGGUCUGGGAUCCCGUGCUUAUCCUCACUUCUGUGCGUAUGCUCGUACAGUAGAUCAGUUGAUUAGUAAUCUUGGAGGUGAAAGGAUCAACCCAAUGGGCGAAGGGGAUGAGCUAGGUGGUCAAGAAGAUGCUUUCAGGAGGUGGGCCAAAGAUGUCUUCAAGGCCGCAUGUGAGGUGUUCUGUAUCAAGGAUGGUGUCAACCUAGUGGCUGCAAGCGAGGCUCUGAACAAGAACGAGAAUAGUUGGAACCCUCAGAGAUUCCGGGUAUCCGUUGGUGAAGAGGCAGCCCUCAAGAGCGAUGAACUCAAUGCAGGACUUUCAGUAUUACAUGGCAAGACUGUCCUUCCGUGUCUUCUUACUGAACGCAUGGAACUUCAAGCCAAAAACUCAGAACGGUCCACCAUCUUCGUACGUCUGGAUACCCAAGGUGCCUCAGAACUUCUUUACGAACCUGGUGAUCACGUGGCCAUCUGUCCAGCCAAUAACAAGGACUUGGUAGACCGUGUUCUUAAGUACAUUGAUUGCGAGUACUCUAUGGAUACAGUGAUUAAGGUUGAAUUCCAACAGCAGAAGCAGACAGCUCUUGGCAUGUUUUUCGACGAAGAUAUAGAAGAUGGUGUGAUCAAGGCAUGGCACGACACCGAGCGCCUUCCGAAAUGUUCCAUCCGAGAAGCUCUCACAAACUACCUAGAUAUCACCAUACCCCCGACACCAGACUUCCUCCGUCUUCUAUCAACCCAAGCUACCGACAAGGAUGAAGAAAAUGCCCUUGCUGUUCUGGGCAAGGGUGGUAGCAACUAUGAGGUAUGGAAGUACGAACACAGCCCGAACCUUCCAGAAGUGUUUGAGCAAUUCCCUUCGGUAAAGGUCAGUGCUAGCUUCCUUCUGACCGAGCUGGCCAUCCUGAAGGCAAGAUAUUACUCCAUCUCAUCUAGUCCUAAGAUGUUUCCAGGGGAAAUCCAUGCUACUGUCGCGGUUGUUGAGUACAGAGUCAAAGGUCCAAGGGGUCCGAUCCACCGUGGUGUGUGUUCAUCAUGGAUGAAUGAUCUAGAUUUAAAGAAACCUAUGCCUUGCUUCAUCAGACAGGCACCAACAUUCCACAUGCCUGAGGACCGAGCCCAGCCUCUUAUCAUGGUUGGUCCUGGGACUGGCAUCGCACCUUUCAGAAGCUUCUGGCAACAGCGACAGAUCGAGCUUCGUUUCACCAAACCAGAAGCGGAAGACGGUCGUAAGAUCCUAGGUGACAUCACACUUAUCUUCGGAUGUCGGGGGUCAAAGGUCGAUGAUAUCUAUCAAGAAGAGAAGGCGAUGGCAACAAAGGAAAGGGCGAUCAUCAAUAAUCUAACGGCGUAUUCUCGGGAGCCUAACAAGAAGAAGGUAUACGUACAAGAUAUGAUGCAGCAACAUGGUAAAAUGAUCUAUGAGACUAUCUGCAAGAGUGGAGGUCAUUUCUAUGUUUGUGGAGAUGUUUCGAUGGCAGCUGAUGUUGGUUCAAGGCUUGAGCUCAUCCUGGCUGAGCAGAGCGAUAUGUCGCAAGAAGAGGCUCAUGAUUUCGUCGCAAAAAUGAAGGAUACGAACCGGUACCACGAAGAUAUCUUUGGCGUGACAAUAAGAACAGCUGAAAUUCAGACCAAAAUGGAGAGAGCAGCUCGUCGUGCCCAGGUGCUGAUUACAGAUAGUAGUAACAAACUCACACCAGCGGUCAAACCAUUCGAGAACGGAAACGGGACGAUCUCUGCAAGGAGCACGGAUGAUAUCAGAUCCUUGAAUAAGCAUGCCCGCAUAUAUUCGUCUAGUCUCUCUAUAAGCUCUUGCUACAAAGAGGAAAAUGUUGGAUUGACGGCACCUAAAAGUGAAACACCGAAGGGCAGGAGAACGACAAGGAGAUCGAUCACGGCCACUGUACUCAUGUCAGACGAAGAGCUUACCAAUCUACGGAAAAUGGCAGAGGCAGAUGAAAAAACACGGAAGGAUAUGGACAACCUCAGCGAAGGAGGAAUACCGAACGGGAACGCCGCAAAGCACUGAAAAUUCAAAGACCACAUCAGCUGGAUUUCUGAUAAAAACAUUUGCUGUCAAUUUUGAAAGGAGAUAAGUUUAAACUCAUUUUCAUACGACAGUGAUACGUCAAUAUAACUAUGUUAAAUUUGCGAAGCUAUUUUAUGUCGACUGAUUUUGAAUUUGAUUUGGAAUCGGCGUCAAAUUUUGAAUUCAAGACUCGCCUUUACGAGACUCAUUUUUGUGAAGGGCGGUAUAUAUAGUUACAUCAUCAAUCGAAGCUCGUGUAAAUGUAUUUUACUUUUGACCCUUGACUUUGGAUCAGAUUAUGCAAUGACAGAACAGUCCUACUUGAUUUAAAUCAGCGUGACGAGCAUCAACAACGGACGGCAUCCUAACUUUUGACUCGAAAUUCAUAUGUUUUGAUGAUACUUUUCUGGACUAUAUCGUUACAUCUUUGGCAAGAGAGUUAUUAUCAGUGCACAUGCAAUAUCCUAGGCAUUUGAUACCAAGUAUGUGAUGGUGUUUGUAUGAUAGUUGCAUGUUUGGCAUCCUAACGAACGGUCUAAUGUGAGUUUGGAAAUACUAAUGAGUUUCUGGUGUUUUCUAAAACCUGAGUUACUAUGUUUGCACAUGUAAUGGAAUGCCUUUUUGAUAAGUCACUUCAAGCACGUGCCCCCUCCCUUCUUUUAAUUUUUCGUUGUUUUUGGUGUUAGUGUGUAACAUACAAAGACAUUGUACAUUGUCUGAUCAAACUAUUUAUUGUAUAUGGAUUUUAUAAGUGUUAUUUCCUGCUUAUAAUCAAAUAAUUAUUCAGAAAAACGAAGAGAUUACAAAUUUAUAUCGAUGUAUUAUUUAUUGCGUUUGACUGUAGAGUGUAAUCAUAUAUAUAGUUAGAAUUAUUGGUGGAUGUAGCAGCUAAAACUUUGACGAUGUGAAAUUUCCCGGCGGCUGUAAAAUGUGAUAAAUCUAUUAUAUCUUGUAGAAAAGUAAAUAAAUAGGCAAACACAAUCAGUGAAGAUGGCGAAAGUAAUUUAAGGACGAAUGUAUUAUAUUCAAACACGAUGAUUAUCGUUUAAAAGUAGUAAAUGUUAAUCAUGCAAAUAAGCCAUCUUUUAUUCUAUAAAAUGUUCUACCAAUUGUUAUUUCGAGUGUAUUCUCUUUUUUGCGUAACGAUUUGCAAGAUUGAUUAAUAUAUUGUCGAAUUGAAACGUAUCGAUCUGUUAGCACUUGGCAACAAGUAAAAAGAAAAAAUGAGUAGAAAAGUGAGACGGUUUGAGGUCAUUCAUGAGACAAAAUGAGGUAAUUAGAACUUUCUUUAAUAAUUGUAUAUAAAUGUGCUUCUGAAAUUAUGAUAGUCGAAAUGUUUUAUUUGCGGUGACUGGAUAGUUAUAUUAUUCUAGGCAUUAUUAGUAAACAAGUUGUACGAACAAACUUUAUGAUCAUAAAAUAUAUAUGUAUCCAGUGUAAAUAGUUUUAAACAAACUCUCGUUAUUUAAAUAUUCUAUGGAUUUUUCAAAUUCAUGUGUUUAUGUGUCAUAUUACGUAUCAUUGCCUUUUAUUUAAUAUUGUUAUGUACUCGGCAGAGUUUCAAAGACAUUGAUGUCAUAGUCAGAGUUAAUUUGUCAUUGGGAUUCAUAAUUAGCAAUGAAGUGCAAUAUUCAUUGAAUAAUAUUAUGAUGAGUGAUUUUUCAUAUUUAUAGGGUGAUCAAAUAAGGAGGCUACAUCAAGAUGUCUUUGAAGAUCAUAAUUAAUUUCAAAUUUGGUAUACUUCAUUAUAAUCCUAUAUUAUAAUCGGGACUUUAUCUUUAACAUUGUCAUUUUAUAUACAAUCAUGAUUAUAUUACUGUAUUGUUACUAUGCUUAUUGAUGUAACUUUUUAUUUUCAUUUUGCCGUGGAAUUACAUCUAUAAUAUUGUGGUUUGUUUUUAAAUAAUACCUCUGAUGGAAUUUUUUUAGCACGAUAUUUCCCUUUUAUGGAAAAUACUCUGAAUAACAUGGCCAAUCAAGAAUGA